GCAGCCACACACUACAGCCCCAGCUAACCCCUCUCUUCCUCGGCUCCCUCUCCACCGGCGGCCUCCCCGUUCAGAUCACCAUGUCGACGGAGAAGAAGCAGCUGAACCCGAUGCGGGAUAUCAAGGUGCAGAAGCUCGUGCUCAACAUCUCCGUCGGCGAGAGCGGUGAUCGCCUCACUCGCGCCUCCAAGGUGUUGGAGCAGCUGAGCGGGCAGUCGCCAGUUUUCUCAAAGGCUAGGUACACUGUGAGGUCUUUCGGUAUCCGUCGUAAUGAGAAGAUCGCUUGCUACGUCACCAUCAGGGGUGAGAAGGCAAUGCAGCUUCUCGAAAGUGGGCUCAAGGUGAAGGAGUACGAGCUGCUCAGGAGGAACUUCAGUGACACUGGCUGCUUUGGGUUUGGUAUCCAGGAGCACAUUGAUCUUGGCAUGAAGUAUGACCCCUCAACUGGUAUUUAUGGUAUGGAUUUCUUCGUUGUUCUGGAGCGUGCUGGAUACCGUGUUUCUCGUCGGCGCCGUUGCAAGGCCCGCAUUGGUAUUCACCAAAGGGUGACGAAGGAAGAUGCCAUGAAGUGGUUCCAGGUCAAGUACGAGGGUGUCAUCCUCAACAAGUCCCACGCGAGUUAGUAAUCUUUUGAGUGAAGAAGUUGUCCUUCAGAAUUCUAGUCAUUCAGAGUGUCUUCUGGAUAAUGGAAUCAUAUGUUUAUUGGAUACAAAGUGCACUGUCAAUUUUGCCUCUGUUUGAGUUGACCUGCGUUUAUAAUUCCAUCAGAUCCUUUCUUUGGUCUCA